CUGCUCUUUGUGUGGGGUGGAUUAGCUCUGGGUAGAUACUGGGCGAAACUAGAGCAUCAGUCGGCACAGGAGACGAGUAGAAAAAAAAAAACACCAGGAAACGUCGGAUCGCCGUCGCAGACCGCGACACCGUCCGACCCGCCCGAGUUCGUCGCCCGGCCGGACAUGUAAUUUUCAGACUGUGGUGUGCUAGAGUGACGCCUCGUUACCAUGACGACCCACGUGACCCUGGAGGAUGCUCUGUCCAACGUGGACCUGCUGGAGGAGCUGCCCCUCCCGGACCAGCAGCCAUGCAUCGAACCCCCUCCCUCCUCCAUCAUGUACCAGGCUAAUUUUGACACCAACUUUGAAGACAGGAAUGCAUUUGUGACCGGCAUCGCCCGCUACAUCGAGCAAGCCACAGUCCACUCCAGCAUGAAUGAGAUGCUGGAGGAAGGACAUGAGUACGCUGUGAUGCUUUACACUUGGAGAAGCUGCUCCAGAGCCAUUCCCCAGGUGAAAUGCAAUGAGCAGCCCAACAGAGUGGAGAUCUAUGAGAAAACAGUGGAGGUGCUAGAACCUGAAGUGACUAAGCUCAUGAAGUUCAUGUACUUCCAGCGGAAAGCCAUAGAGCGCUUCUGUAGUGAAGUGAAGCGUCUAUGUCAUGCAGAAAGAAGGAAGGAUUUCGUGUCCGAGGCCUAUCUGCUCACUCUGGGCAAAUUCAUCAACAUGUUUGCAGUGCUGGAUGAACUAAAGAAUAUGAAGUGUAGCGUCAAGAACGAUCACUCUGCCUACAAACGGGCGGCUCAGUUCUUGAGGAAGAUGGCCGACCCCCAGUCCAUCCAGGAGUCGCAGAAUCUCUCUAUGUUUUUAGCCAACCACAACAGGAUCACUCAGUGCCUGCACCAACAGUUGGAGGUGAUUCCUGGCUAUGAGGAACUUUUGGCAGACAUCGUCAACAUCUGUGUAGACUAUUAUGAGAACAAAAUGUAUUUGACUCCCAGUGAGAAACACAUGCUGCUUAAGGUUAUGGGCUUUGGUCUGUAUCUGAUGGAUGGGAAUGUGAGUAAUAUCUACAAACUAGAUGCCAAAAAGAGGAUCAACCUGAGCAAGAUCGACAAAUUCUUCAAACUUCAAGUGGUGCCACUGUUUGGAGACAUGCAAAUAGAGUUGUCACGCUACAUUGAGACAAGUGCUCACUACGAAGAAAACAAGUCCAAGUGGACGUGCACCCAGAGCAGCAUCUCUCCACAGUACAACCUGUGCGAGCAGAUGGUGCAGAUCAGGGAGGACCACAUCCGGUUCAUCUCGGAGCUGGCGCGCUACAGCAACAGCGAAGUGGUGACGGGCUCCGGUCUGGACAGCCAGAAGUCAGACGAGGAGUACAGGGAACUGUUCGACCUGGCUUUGAGGGGCCUGCAGCUGCUGUCCAAGUGGAGCACACACGUCAUGGAAGUUUACUCGUGGAAGCUGGUACAUCCCACAGAUAAAUUCUGUAAUAAGGACUGUCCUGGCACAGCGGAGGAGUACGAACGAGCCACGCGCUACAAUUACACCAGCGAGGAGAAAUUUGCCCUAGUGGAGGUCAUUGCCAUGAUCAAGGGCCUGCAGGUUCUGAUGGGCCGAAUGGAGUCUGUGUUUAACCAGGCCAUUAGGAAUACCAUCUAUGCAGCUCUGCAGGAUUUUGCCCAGAUGACUCUCAGAGAGCCUCUGCGUCAGGCUGUGCGCAAGAAGAAGAACGUCCUCAUUAGUGUUCUCCAGGCCAUUCGAAAGACUGUCUGUGACUGGGAAGGUGCCAGGGAACCUCCAAAUGACCCCUGUCUAAGGGGAGAGAAGGACCCAAAGGGUGGUUUUGACAUCAAGGUGCCUCGUAGAGCUGUAGGACCUUCCAGCACGCAGCUGUACAUGGUACGCACCAUGUUAGAAUCACUGAUAGCAGAUAAGAGUGGAUCUAAGAAGACUCUUCGCAGCAGUCUGGAUGGACCCAUAGUUGUGGCUAUAGAAGACUUCCACAAGCAAUCCUUCUUCUUUACCCACUUGCUCAACUUCAGCGAGGCCCUGCAGCAGUGCUGUGAUCUGUCCCAGCUGUGGUUCAGAGAGUUCUUCCUGGAGCUCACCAUGGGCCGCAGAAUCCAGUUCCCCAUCGAGAUGUCCAUGCCCUGGAUCCUCACCGACCACAUCCUGGAGACCAAGGAGCCUUCUAUGAUGGAAUAUGUGCUGUAUCCACUAGACUUGUAUAACGACAGUGGCUACUACGCUCUGACGAAGUUCAAGAAGCAGUUCCUUUAUGAUGAAAUCGAGGCUGAGGUAAACCUCUGCUUUGAUCAAUUUGUCUACAAGUUAGCAGACCAGAUAUUUGCCUACUACAAAGCAAUGGCCGGAAGUGUCCUCCUAGACAAGCGCUUCAGAGCAGAGUGUAAAAACUAUGGCGUAAUCAUCCCGUACCCUCCAUCGAACCGUUAUGAGACGCUGCUCAAACAGAGACACGUACAGCUGCUGGGUCGCUCGAUUGACCUGAACCGCCUGAUCACCCAGAGGAUCUCAGCAGCCAUGUACAAGUCUCUGGACCAUGCCAUCAGCCGCUUUGAGAGCGAGGACCUCACCUCCAUAGUGGAGCUGGAGUGGCUACUGGAGAUCAACAGGCUAACCCAUCGACUCCUGUCCAAGCACAUGACACUGGACAGCUUUGACGCCAUGUUCCGCGAGGCCAACCACAACGUCUCCGCUCCCUACGGACGAAUCACUCUCCACGUCUUCUGGGAACUCAACUUCGAUUUCCUCCCUAACUACUGCUACAACGGAUCCACAAACCGAUUUGUACGUACCGCUAUUCCCUUCACCCAGGAGCCUCAAAGAGACAAGCCAGCUAAUGUGCAGCCUUACUACCUGUAUGGGUCCAAGCCUCUGAACAUUGCCUACUCCCACAUAUACAGCUCCUACAGAAACUUUGUUGGCCCGCCUCACUUCAAGACCAUCUGCCGCCUCCUUGGUUACCAAGGCAUUGCCGUAGUGAUGGAGGAGCUGCUUAAGAUUGUCAAGAGCCUGUUACAGGGCACCAUACUGCAGUAUGUAAAAACCCUGAUAGAAGUCAUGCCCAAGAUCUGCCGCCUUCCACGCCAUGAGUAUGGCUCCCCAGGUAUCUUGGAGUUCUUCCACCACCAGCUCAAGGAUAUCAUUGAGUAUGCUGAGCUGAAGACAGAUGUCUUCCAGAGCUUAAGGGAGGUGGGAAACGCCAUCCUCUUCUGCCUGCUCAUCGAGCAAGCUCUGUCUCAGGAGGAAGUGUGUGACCUGCUUCAUGCCGCCCCCUUCCAGAACAUUCUGCCCAGAGUCUACAUCAAAGAGGGAGAGCGUCUGGAGGUGAGGAUGAAGAGGCUGGAAGCGAAGUACGCCCCUCUCCACCUUGUGCCUCUAAUUGAGAGGUUGGGAACCCCACAACAAAUUGCCAUUGCUCGUGAGGGAGACCUGCUGACCAAAGAGCGCCUGUGCUGCGGCCUUUCCAUGUUCGAAGUCAUCCUAACGCGCAUCCGCAGCUUCCUGCAGGACGGCGUGUGGCGUGGGCCUCCACCCACCAACGGCGUGAUGCAUGUCGACGAGUGUAUGGAGUUCCACCGCCUGUGGAGUGCCAUGCAGUUUGUCUACUGCAUUCCUGUGGGCACACACGAGUUCACAGCAGAGCAGUGCUUCGGGGAUGGGCUGAACUGGGCUGGCUGUGCCAUCAUUGUCCUGUUAGGACAGCAGCGUCGCUUCGACCUCUUUGACUUUUGCUACCACCUGCUCAAAGUCCAAAGGCAGGACGGCAAGGACGAAAUCAUCAAAAAUGUGCCCCUGAAGAAGAUGGCAGACCGCAUCAGAAAGUACCAGAUCCUCAACAAUGAGAUAUUUGCCAUCCUCAACAAGUACAUGAAGGCUGUGGAGACGGACAGUUCCACUGUGGAGCAUGUUCGCUGCUUCCAGCCACCUAUACACCAAUCCCUGGCUACCACCUGUUGAAAAAGACCCUUAACAAAUAGUGCACACACACACAUGCACACACACAGACACACACAUCCCCCCCACACACACACACACAUACUCUGAGACACACACACAUUCCCCUUAGCUGUGAUGCUAAUUUCUGCCUCUUGCUGGUCUAUGAGAGGUAUGGAUUACCACAAUGGAUCCACUCUGGCUGGAAGAAUCCAAAGACAAAUCCUCUUAAACUGUUCUUCUAUUUAAAAACAUGACUGUCUUUGGAUCCUUCAAAAAAAAAAAAAGUGGACCAGACCAGAGGUGGAGGUGUAUAUUCACACCUUUUUCUUUCUUUUUCUUUUACUGUGUGUGACUCACACUCAGACUCAUGCAUGCCUUCUCUUGUUCCUUAAAAUGCACACCUGUGUGCGUUGGACCACAGACACAUGCCAAAAGAGAAUCUCUAUCCUCACAAUCUGAAGCCCUAUUUGGCUGCAGAUAUUUGAAAUUUCAGCCUUUCAGAGUUAUAGAUACCUGACUUUGAAUUUCAGAAUUUGCAAUCAUGAGCUGAGGCAAAAAAAAAUCAAUCUAACAAAGUUUAAAUACUAUACUAAAUAGUGCAAGAAAUGACUAAUUUUCUAAGUUAUAUAAAGUCUUUUAAGUGCAACAUGGUGCUCUAAAGUGCUCCUACAGCUACUAACAGUACAAGUACAGGCACCAGUGCACCUUUGCUAUCGCUUUGCGUGUCCUCUAUUAAGACCCAAACUUGUCUAUCGUGAUACAUUUCAAUCUUUUCACUCAUUUGUAUGAUAAUCUGGUCUCCCCGUGUCCAUGAUGCGUAGUGUCUUAUCAUGAUGCAUUCGAAUACUCAUUCAUUACUUCUUCUCCACCUGACUUGCUUUCAAAGAAAUUGAGGUACAUUGCAGGUUUUGAUUUGCUUUUGUUUAUCUUAAGCCUUCCCUGUCUGGUUUUCUUGCCACCGAACACUUUUUUUUAAUUAUUAUUUGGUACCAGUACCACUGUAAAUUUCACUGUUGAACAAAGUGAAGUGUUGAGUGUUGUAAGUGUUUUUAAUUAUUAAUAUUUUUAUUUACACAUCCUUGGUAUACUUGCCUCUCUACUAUUGACUGGAAACCUCAUCAACUGUUUUAUUUUCCCCUUAUUUUGUCUGUUGGAAAGAUUUUUAUAUUCUAUACAUGAAUACAGUGAUAUUAUUUACAAUUUGGGAAAAAAAAUCUGAGAGUUUAAAAAACAACACAAGAAACACGAUUAGAAAAUACCUCUAGCUUGUAUAAAGACAGUGCUGUACUAGAUUAACAUGUUUUGAGUGUGAAUGGAUGAUGUUGGUCUAGCAGACCUAUGAAAUACUCCACAUACAAUAAAGGAGAAAAAUGUCAGUUAUAAUUAAAGGGCAGUUUCCUAAAUAUAGUCAGUAUUUACUAUUGUUGGACUUUUGCUUUAGAUUUAGCAGUGUUAUCAAAAUAUGCAAAAUUUGUCCCUAUUUUUUUCAAACAAAUGAAUUAUUAAGAAGUAACUCUCCCCUCAAAGAGCCCUGUGAUCUUUUUUUCUGCUCUGUUUUGAAUGAAGAAAGUUUCUUUUGUAACUCCAGUGUCUUUUUAUCAUAUUUAUUCAACUCCAACUUAUUGUUCAUUUAAAGGUUAAUCUAGUAAAAAUGAAGGUACCAAUGUAUCAUCUCGAAACCUUAGCAUGGCAAAUGUAAUUUAUUGUCAUCAAUGGCUCCAUUUGUGACAUGAGGCUUUGUUUAUGAUAUUGUUGUACAAGUGACCAUGUUUUGAAGUACAAAAAAAUGGAGAAAAAGAAUAUAAAGUGUACAACAAUGGUCCUGCAAAGGAUUUGAAAUUAUGUUGUAUUUCCAUGAAAUAAAAAAUGUUUAACUGAAAAAAAUAAAGUUGUAUUUAGGA